AUGCUGGGCCGGGCGUUGAUUAUUUUCGCUUUAGCAGGGCUUUCGGCCGCGGUAUGCCCGAGGAGAUCGAUACCAGAAGGGCGGUACUGCCGAUUUUCGCUCGGAGUGAAGCUGCCGAUCAUUGAGGCGAUGACAGCUUGUGAAAAUCUGGACGCCAAAUACGCCGUGCCGGCUAACGAUACCAACACUAUUAUUCGAGCCGACCAAGCGCCAGCCCAUCUACUCAAAAAUGAACGAUCCGGUGUAUCGGAAAUUAACGUUAACGGCCAAUGGCAUGAAUACAAAAAGGUCGUCGUGCAACAUCGUGACUUUUGGGUUCGAACGAUCCCGGGGCUGGUUGAAGUCGUCUGUCGCGGAAUUGCAGAGAAACAUCAAAUUUGCGCCAGCUGGGGCGAGAUCACCGAUAUGGAGGAAACCGAUCGACGCCGACUUCGCAGUGAUGGACAAUGUCCGCCAUGUCCUAGAGGGGAUAACAAGGAUAAACCGAAGGUAGAAGACAAGGAUAUCCCUGCCGAUGAAUGCGGGGAUGGAUGGGAAAAAGUGUUUACAACCAAAACUUGCCACAAAUUGCUCGACGGCCAAGCUUUUUGGAAAGCCGAAAAAGAGUGCGUGGCUCAUCAUGAUAGGGAAGCAGAAGAAAGUGGAGCCCUAGACACGCGAUCUGGAUCGGCGGCGUUCAGA